UGUUGCGGCAAUUUCGAAGGGAAUAGAGAGUUUUGAAAAUUUUGACAACGACCUCGAGAAUGGCAGAUAAUCAACAAAGUAGAUUUGAAAAGUCUCUCGGUCUAUUAACGACUCGUUUUGUCACCUUAUUACAGAAAGCAAAAGACGGUGUCCUUGAUUUAAAAGUAGCAGCUGAUAUCUUAGAAGUUCGGCAAAAAAGGCGAAUUUAUGAUAUAACUAAUGUUCUUGAAGGUAUUGGACUCAUUGAAAAGAAAAGCAAAAAUAGUAUCCAAUGGAAAGGAGCAGGUCCAGGUUGUAAUACUCAAGAAGUUGGUGAAAAAUUAACUGAUUUAAAAGAUGAAAUAAGAAAAUUAGAAGAUCACGAACAGUUAUUAGAUAUGCAUACUCAAUGGAUUCAACAAAGUAUAAAAAAUAUAGAAAAUGAUUUAAUUAAUAAGAAAUACGCAUAUAUUACUUACGAGGAUGUUAAAGAAAAUUUUCCUGACGAUUUUGUAUUAGGAAUUCAAGCUCCACCUGAUACAGAAUUAAAUGUACCAAAAUACAUAAUGCAGACAUCAGAAGAUGAUGACAAAUUGAAUUAUGAAAUGUUUCUAAAAAGUAAUUCUGGAGAAAUUAAGGUGUAUAUGAUUCAACCAGAAUUAGCUAAAACAUAUGAUAAUAAAAUAUUAGAAAUGAGACUACAAGAGGAAAUAAAAGGCAUAAAAAGAGGAAAAGAGGAAGAAGAGAAAAAGGAGGAAACUAAUGUUAAACCAAAGAGAAGAGUUGGAAGACCUCCAAAAGGAAGCAGUAAACCUGAUCCUAUUAUAUCUGAUGAGGAUGAAGAAGAUGAUGCAGACUUGAUAGAAGCAAAAAUAGUACUUCGAGAUGUUAGCACGUCAGUUUAUGGACCAUUAGUAAGAUUAAGUCCUCCACCCAGUGAAAAAGAUUAUCACUUCAAUCUUAGUGAAAAUGAAGGAAUUUGUGACUUAUUUGAUAUUACAGCAAAAUGAGUAAAUUAGUUAUAUAGUUCAAAUGAUUGAAUGAUUCAGACUGUGCCAAUAAUGUGCAAAAUUGCAGAAAAUUUAUUGACAAUUUCUGAAGGCUGUUCUAUGUAUAUAAUUUUAAAGAAUGGAUAUGGAUAAUGAUCAUUGAAUACAUGCAGUAUUUUUUUAUUAGUAGAAAUAAAAAAAUAAUACAAGUUAUAGAAAAAAAAAUGUUUAUAUAAAUUUUGUUGCAUCUUUAUUUAAGUAAUAAGAAUUCUAAAUUUUGACGGAUUCUUUAUAGUCUAUGACUAUGAUUAUGAUUUAUUUCUAUAAAUUUGUUUAUAAACUUAAACCUUAUAUGCGGAAAAAACAAAACUGUUUUUAUUUAUAGUGAUUGCAUAUAAGGAAAAUGUUAAAGAGAGAAAUAUUUUUACGAAUGACAUGUUGUGUCCAAAUUAGCAAAUUGUUUUUGCAAACUUUGUAUCUAUUUUAUUAAGUUACUUUUUUAUAUAUUUGUUUAAUGAUUUUUUGAGACAAUAUAAAAAUGUACAUUCUGUCAAAACAUAUAAGAGUGUAUAUAAGACUAUCAUCAUUUAUUGUAAACGAGUACAUGCGUACCUGUGCUCUUUUUAUAAUAUACUUUCCCUGUUUUAUAUUGUAUGUUUGUUACUGCAUUCAAUGACACUAAUUAAGUUUGUGAAUAUUAUAAUUAUUUAAGAAAAAUAAAUUUAAAUGAAAACAAGAUACAAUUAAAGAGACCAAAACCCAUAAUUUACUUUAUAAUAAAGUCACGGUACAACAUUGUUAAAUAUGUGUCAUUAAUUCUAAAGAAACAAUUUAAUCUGUUUGAACUUCCUCGCACUCUUUUUGAUUCAAUCGAUUAAACUUUACUAAUUGAAUCUACAUCUUUUUACUUUUGCUGACGUCAGAUAUUUCAAUAUUGCUUUGCUCUACGACAUCAUAUAUUCAUACGCAAUUAAAAGAUAUGUAGCUGCUUGUACCAUAUAUUAAACUAUUGGAAAACUGUACUUGAAAGACACGAAAUUACCAAGGACAGAUAAGAAUGGAUCGACCAGUUUCGUCAUCGUUGGUACUUUUGCGCGUGUCGAAUAUAAGUCUCGUCUCACGAUUGCCAGUAGACGCGUGUUUCCCUAGUAGUGAAUCAUUUCCAGAUGUGUCGACCUUACGGGUGUGUUGUUUCGUACAAAUCCGCGGUACAGCGAGUUUUCUCGCCUGACGUUCAAACAAACCGCGGUAACAUUAUCAACUUCUCGACCCUUUAUCAAAAAAAGCGACUACUUCAAAUAUGCGUCUUAUUUUAAUAAAAAUUCGCGAGGUAUCGCAAAAAUACCCGAUUGUAAGAGGAAUGGCUUCUUACACAGUCAUUUGGCCGACAGGAUGCUUAAUACAACAAAAAAUAAUAGGACAUGACGAAUUAAAUUAUAUGCAAGCAUUAAGAUUUAGUUUAUAUGGUGGGUUUUUUGUAGCUCCAACACUAUAUUGUUGGAUAAGAUGUUCUUCAUACUUUUGGCCAAAGUCAGAUCUGAAGUCUGCAAUUACUAAAGCUUUAAUAGAACAAGUCACAUAUAGUCCUACUGCAAUGUGUUGCUUCUUUUUUGGUAUGAACUUACUUGAAAUGAAACCAGUGGUUGAAUGUAUUGAAGAAGUUAAACAUAAAUUCUGGCCUACUUACAAAAUUGGUGUUUGCGUAUGGCCUGUUUUACAAACAGUCAACUUUUUUUUUGUCCCAGAACAUAAUCGUGUAAUUUAUGUAAGUUGUUGUAGUUUAAUUUGGACAUCUUUUCUUGCAUAUAUGAAAUCUUUGGAAACAAAAAAAUUACAAAAGGAUUUAAAAAGUGACAAUAAUUUAAAGCAAAAAGAUCAAAAAAAUAUUACUGAUCAAAAAGAAGAUAAAAAUAAAAGAGUAUCAAUUAUACGAUAAAGAUUUAUAUGAAAAUUAUUUAGUUCAAUUGAUUAAUUUAUAUACAUACAUAUACAUAUGUAAUAUGUAUGUAUAUAAAUGUAUAUGAUACAAUAAAUUAUACUGUGCAAUAAUCAAUUGCAAAGCCUGUUGUCUACAGUAUAAAAUAAAUCAAAAAAUUUUAUGUAUAAAUGUAGAUUGUAUGUUUGUACAAUUAAAAAUCACGAAAGUAUGUAGAAUAUAAUAUUGUUAUUAAAUUUUCGAGUGAUAUUUAUUGUGAUAACAGUGACACUAUUGACGACUUAUAUUUAUUGUUGCUAAAUGAUAAAAAUAAAUGAUUGUUAAACAAAUUAUUAUCUUUUUGUGAAAAUAAAUUUUCAUAUUUUAGUUUUAAAUUGCAUAUUUCACUUUUUAAGUUUAACGUAUGUUCUUGAUAUUCUUUCUCGUUUUUCUAUCGAUUAUACAUAGUAAAUUCAAUAUGGCUGCGUUGAAGAUUAGAAGUUCAAAUCAUCAUAAGUUGUCAAAUGCAAGUCAGUACACUUAACAAAUGUUAUUAAUAAAAAACAUGUGAUUUUCUGUGUACAUUUUUAAAAAUAUGCAAUAGUAAUCGUGAAAAGUAGCCUGACUACAUAAAUAUAAACAUAAUAAAACGAUAUGAGUGCUGAGAUAUGGCUCGUUCCUCGAUAUCAGCACAAUGUGAUUUAAUUGCGUCAUAUAUGGAUGGAGUUCACGUUAAAAUUGCAGAGGCCUAUAAACCUCCACGAAAGAUAUGUUUACCAGCUGCAUACAAUAAUAAGCUACCGGACGUGUCGAAAUUAACUUAUGAUUUCAAUUUGGAACGCUCAGUACUUGAGAAGAUGACAGAAUGGCGUAAUGUUAGACAAGCGAAUAGCAAAGCACGGCAUGCACGAUUAGAUGAGAAAAGAAAAAAACAAAAAACUGAAUUUUCACCUCCACCACCACCUCCAUUGCCUGAUAUCGCAAAGCCUAUAAAUGCACCUGUGCCUGAAACAACAAUUCUUACUCCACAGCCUUUGUCUCCACCUGCCAAUGAUUUUCAAGGUCAUGUAAAAGCAAAUGGUCUUGAUUUUGCUGAUUUUGAUAAUGAUACAAGUAGUCCAUUUGAUAACAUGGAAUUAAAAACAAUUAAUGAAAUGGAAGAACUUGCUCAGGUACUACAGCCUACAUCUCAAUGGCUACCACCAGCAAAAUUAGAAAGUUUAUUAAAUGAUUUAAGUGUCAACGAUAAGUCAAAAACUCAUAUAAAAGAAGAAAAUGAUAAUGUCAAAAAUGAAACUAUCGAUCAAGAGGAAGUUAAUGAACAAAAGAAUAUUAAACAUCGUAGUGUAUCUGCAAUUGUACAAGAGCUUCAAAGAGAUUUAAAAAGACCACUUAUGGAGAAUUGGAAACCUUGGCCAAAUUUAGAAAGUCCUGACACAAGCACUCAUGAAAUACUAAAGCAAGAAGAAUCAAUGGUAACAAAUCAAGUUGCUGUUAUGAAUUUACUGUUAGAUUUAACAGAGGAAGAUAAGAAAUUAGCUCGACAUUUGAACGACAUGGGAUUUCCUUUAUCGAGAGCUGCUCGUGCUAUACGCGAAUUAGGUGGUCAAGAUAAUAAAAAAAUUGUAGAAUAUUUAUUAGCUGUACAAGCUUUAGAAGAAGUCGGAAUUUCUGGAGAGGAAGCUGAAAAAGCUCUUUCUCUUACAGAAUAUAAUCAAGAAAAAGCCAAAGUUUAUUAUAAAAAUCUAUGUAUCUUACGAGAUUUAGGUUUUCCUGAAGAAAAGGCAUCUGCUGCACUUCUAAAAUGUAAUAUCGACCGCGAUAGAGCUUUAGAUUUUCUAAUAGCAUAAUAGAAUUUUGUAAAAAGUAAUUAUUAAAAUGGUCUAAACAAAUUUUUUACUGCACAAAAAAUAAGAUUUUAAUGUGUAAAAUAAUUCAAAAUUAAAGAGACACAUUAUUUUAAAAAUAAUCGCGUAGUGAAAAAAUAAAUAAUUUUUUCGUAUGAUGCAAGUUCAAAGUACUAGCCAUUAUAAAAUAAAAUAAUAUAUGAAUGUUUUGAUAUUAAUUUAUACUAAGCGUUGCUAAGGGAUAUCGAAAAAUUGAUACAAAGCUGAUUUCAAACAUUAAACUCUUUUUUUUUAUGUAAUCUAUUUACAGGAUUAUUUAAUAAAAUAUCAUUAAUUCAUACAAUGCCAAGAAUGCCUGAUGAUCAUAUUGGAAUGUUUAGAAAACUCAGCUGCACAUCUUUUACAACAACACAAUGCAACUGUUGUUAUAGACUCUGUAUAAUGACUAAUGCCUACAAUUAUCCAAGCUUCUGUAAAAAUUGGUUGUUGGCAUUGAAAGUUCACACAAAUACUAAUUGGGCCAUUCAUUAGCAAACAUGAAACGUUAAAAUCAAGUUUCUGAUAAUUUCUUAUUGUAAUUGGUUCAUAUUGAACAUUUAUACUUAUAGGUGAUACAGAAAUAUUAAGUGUAUGUUUAUACCUAAAAUUCAGUAUAAAUCUUUCUCAAAGCUAACUCCCAUAAAGAAAUAACUUUAUUUUCAUGUAUAUUAUGAACUUUCAAAAGCUGACGUGGUAAAUCAAUCGUGAAAUCAGUAUCCUUUUCAUGCAAUGCAUUUAUUUUUAUUUUUAAUUUUAUAUUUGUACGUAAUGUAUUGUUUUCACAAUGAGUUGUAAAACAUCCAUAGCCCAAAACAUUUCUUUGACUUUGGACAAAUGAAUCUUGAAUAUGAGCUGUCAACUGAUGAACAAGUGGAUAAGAUAAAUAAUUCAAACAUACAUUUGCAUCAAAUCUAAUGCAAGGAGAUGAUACAAAUCCAUUUAAUGGUAAAUACCUCAGCCUAUAUAAAAAUUAUUCUGCAUAAAGUAAAAGCAUUUAAUGUUAACAAAAAUCUAUUGGUAAUUCUUUUAAACAAUUAUUAUCAGCAGUUAGUUCUUUCAAUUUAGGCAAGGAACCAAUCCAUUCUGGUAGUGCAACAAAUUUAUUUCCAGAAAUAGAUAAAAUUUCUAAAUUAUGCAUUUUAUUCAUUUCUAUAAAAAUUAUAUACACAUUCAAAAUUAUCAUUUAAUAACAAGGAUUUUAGACUAAUUAAGUUCCCUAUGUAAGGAGGUAUUUGCUCUAACUUGUUAGCACUCAAAUCAAGAACUGUCAGUUGAUUCAUUUGACAAAGUUCUAGAGGUACUUCUUUAAUUAAGUUCCCAUAGAUAUAUAAAUUAGUGACAUUAAAGAGUUCUAUAAUCCACGGAGGUAAGGUAGUGAGUUUAUUCCAUUUCAAAUAUAUUUCUUGAAUAUGGCCCCCAUAAAUCCUUAUCGCUUCAGGAAAUUCCAUAAGACCUCGACAAUUCCAAUGUAAUAUUACUUUGUUUUUGAUCUCUUUCACCAUUUCUGUAGAAUCUGAGUCCAUUUUUAAAUAAAUUUAAUCAAGAUUUGAUGUUUCAUAUAUAAAAUUGAAGUAGAUUCUGAAUUUUGAGGUUGGCAACCAACCUUCAAGGUAUGCUCAAAAUAACUUUGGCCUGCUUGAAAGAUUUAUAUUAAUAACCCAUUACAUAGGAACAUUAUUUUAUACUAUAUUUUAUAAUUGGCUUGAAUUUACAACCACAUAUAUUUACUACGCACAAUUUUUUUUUAAUAAACAAAAAUUAAUAUACAAUCUAUUAAAAAUAUUUUAAACUGAAAUACAUCGUUCAUUUCAUUAAAUUUAAUUUAUUUACGUAUACAUUAAUAAAAUUUUGCUUUUCGCUACAUGUUUGUACUUACUGUUCUUCUAACAAUGAUGAAAGAAAAUAGAUAAGUAACAUUAUAUGUCUUUAUAUUACACAUUCCACGUAAUUAUAUUUUACGAUAUACGUUGCUAACAAAUUUAUUCUCAAUAUAUCGUAUAAAAUUUUACAAAUAACACACAUAAUCAUGUUGAAGACAGAUACUAAAUGUAAAACAUCUUUUCAUAAUUAUCUUGUAUGUGAAAGCAUUUACGUUUAUUUAUUGUUAAUUAUGAAUCUUACCGAUAAAUUGCACUCCGCAGUAAUCAAUACAUGACGAGCAUUAUCUGUCAUCGCUGUAUGUACUGUGUUCGUUAAAUCAGCUGAUUUAGCCAUAAUACGUACGAGUAUACUGAAAACGUUUUGUCUAUAUAGUUUUUUGACACUUCAUAGAGUGUAUAUGUAAAUGAAUAACUUUCUUCAUGCAAAAUUAAUUUACUUGGAAGUUAAUUCGAGAAUAAAUUCGAUAUAUAUUUAUAUACCAAUUAAUCUUAUAAAAUUUCUAAAUACAUAUCUAACCCAUCGUAUAAUUAUACGAUUUUUCUAAUUUUUUUCUAAAAUUUGUCAUAAAUUCAUUACAAUUUACAGAAAUCCAAUGAAAUAGGUAUUUUUUCAGAUUCUUCAAUUUAGUCACUGAAAAAUAAAAGUUCAUUAUUUAUUUGAAAUUUAAACGAAGAGCAAUAUUUUUUUAAAAAUAUAAUUCGAAGAGCAAUAUUUUUGAACAAGUGCUUCGAUCUAUUGAGUGGAAUCUGUAAAUCUUUAUUCAUGAAUUUUGUAGAUCAAACGGAGCAUAAGAAGAAAGCUUAAGAUCUGAUAUACUUAUAAUUGUAAAAGUGCAUAAAUUAAUCUUCUUAAUUAGUCCUCUCUAUGAA